AUUACAAAAAUGACAAAUUUAGAAGAUCUUUGUAGAAUAUGUCUUAGUGCAGAGUUUGAGGAUUUACAUCAAAUAUUUGAAGAAUCUCUCAGUAAUAAAAUUAUUAUAAUUACAGGCAUGGAUCUCCUUCAAACCGAUGCAUUACCAAAAAAAAUUUGUAGGAAUUGCCGAUUGCAAUUGGAAAAAUCAUAUUACUUUCGAAUGACGGCAAAGCAGAGUGAAAUCAGAUUAAAGAAGUUUAUGAGGCUGAAAAAUCAAAAUAAGGAAGCAAAUCAUGUCCUGCAGAAAGACUACAUUGAUGAUGAUAUUGAAGAAUAUGAAGAACAAUUAUCGGAAACUUAUUGCUAUUUUAAUGACAUCUCGCAACAAAUCGAAGAUGAAAAGCGCAAAGUCAUCCACGAGGAGCUCAUAAAAUUGAAAUCAAAAUUUGAAUUACCCGAAACUCCAGAAAAAGCUUUGUUUAUUCCAAAAAGGCCAGCUGGCAAACCCGUAGUUUUACUCAAUAAAUGUCCACAAAAUGCAUCAUCUUCAAAUUUAGUUCCAACGCUUCGUCGAAAACGGAAAACUGAUGAAAUUGAAUCUGAACUUCCAAUAGAAAUCAGUGAAGUUCAAAUGGUUGAUAAUGGAGAAUAUGAAAUAAGAAUUUUACAGACGGACGCUGAAGGAAAUGAGGAACUUCAGCUUGUAGAAAUAGAAAAGUUUGAAAAACACCCACAAAUUGAGAUCAUACCUGAAAAUGCGAUUGUGGAGUUUCAUGAAGUUAUUGAAGAUGUUCUUGAAACAGUUGAAAAGAAAAAGUCACCAGCAAAAAAGAAAGCAAAGAAAAUUUCAAAACCUGUUUCAGAACCGGAAAAUCCAGAACCAGCAAAAUCACCACAAGUAGUUCAAGACCCAGCAACUGAGUACUAUUUUAAAAUCAUUGAUGAAUCUGACGAGCCAGAAGUUGACGAAAAUAAUGAAAAGAAAAUUUUUCAAUGUGCUUACAAAGAUUGUAAGGAAGCAUUUUCAAGAAGGCAGCAAUGCAAGACUCAUUACUACAAUCACUUAGCUGUAGAUUCAAACUACAGCUGCAAACACUGUUCGAAGAAGUUUAAGGUUCAAUCAGCUUUAGAAAGACAUGAGAGGGUUCAUAAUAAUUCUAAGCCAUUUAUUUGUGAAACUUGUAACAAAGGGUUCUCACAGAAGGAAAUGCUUAAACGUCACCUUAUGAUUCACUUGCCAAUUGAAGAAGCAAAGUUUGUUUGUCACAUAUGUAAUAAACGAUUUAGGCAAAAAGAUCCCAUGAGACAGCAUAUACUGAAGGUUCAUUCAAAUACUGAUGUUAUGAAAAAACGAUGUCAUCUGUGCGAAAAGGAAUUUGCACAUUCAUCUGGAUUGAGCAGACAUUUGUUGAAUCAUACUGGUAAAAAAUUCACAUGCGAAAUUUGUCAACGUAUAUUUACUGAUAAAUCAGCUUUCAAGAGGCAUGGUUCAGUUCAUUCUAAAUCCUAA